AUGCCUCCUCGUAGAGCUAACGCCAGAAAUGCAAACGCAGCUCCUCCAGCCCCAGAUCAGGAAGUCUCCAAUGUUGAUUUCAGAAUUUCCAUACAAAUGUUGGCUAAGAGUAUGACUAACCAAAACGAUCGAGUUCAUGCUCAUGUGAAUGAAAAUUGUGGAUCAGUAGGAGCAAGGGUCUGUGACUUUGUUAGGAUGAAUCCGCCUGAGUUCUUAGGAUCGCAGACUAAUAAGGAUCUUCAUAAUUUCUUGGAUAAGAUCAAGAAGAUCUUUGAGGUAAUGCAAGUCACUAGGAAUGAUCGGAUUGACUUAGCAUCAUACCAAUUGAAGGAUGUUGAUCAAAUUUGGGUUAGCAGAAGUUUUGGGCUCCAGCCCCUUCAUCAGCCAGUGUUCCAUCCUCCAAGAACAGGCGAGUGUAUUGAAGAAAAAGAGGAAUGUUUUGGGUUCGGUCAGUCUGGUCACAGGUUGAGGAAUUGUCCUUCUAGACAAGGUCAAGGAGGUGGUAAUGGUAGAGCUCAGUCUACAACUUCAGCAGCAGCAGCAAGUCGCCCAACUCAGCAAGGUAACUCAUCUAGUAUAGGUGGCGGUCAGCGCCAGAACAGGUUGUAUGCUCUUCACACUCUCCAGGAUCAUGAAGGUUCUCAUGAUGUAGUCAUUGAAUUUUGUUUGCCAAAACUUGUGUUUGUGUUGUUGGAGAAGGGUCUAUAUUCAAAUGGACACAAGCUCUUGGGACGAGGCUAUUGGCUGAGAACCUGCUGUCGUGAAAAGUUGUGCACCAACCUCUCAGAGUUGGCAGCUUUUGGCAGCUGUCUUUUAAUCCUUUUCUCGUGCUCAGACUUUUCGGGAUCAGGUCCCUUGCUGCGUUCUUUGAUGCUUGAGUUCUUGACAAAGAAUUGA